AUGGCAGAAGGCCGCACAAAGGUGAAGAUCGCGCUGAAUGGCUCAUUGGUUUACUACUUUGAUGUAUAUGUGGGUGACCAAGUGGGACAAAAACCAACUCUAGGGAUGAAUUUCAUGGUACCGGCUGGAAUACGCCUUGACCUGGCAGACGGAACAGUGUGCUUGCCGGACGAAGUCAGAAUUAAACUGGAAGGUAGGAGAUCACCGUAUGGGAUGAAGAUACAACUAAUUGAUGCGGAUGAGAAGUAUUUGGCGAUACCGGUGGGUGACUCGGUGGAGGUCAGUGUUGGUCGGGGGCCACUGCAGUCGAUAUUGUGGUUAACGCGCCACGCACGUUGGGCAGCCACGGCUAUGACCGGACCCGGAAUGCUUACGUACCUCCUCCCUAACGACCCAACCGAUCAAGAGGUGAUUAUCCAACAGGGGAAGCCGUUCGAGCAAUGGAUGCCGGCGGACAUGAUACCACGGUCACCCGGGUAUGUGUCGGUAGGGUAA